UUCAGUCCAGCACAGCAACUGAAGGAAGGCGUUCCCCAACCUGCUGUCCUAUGAAGGCCUCUAGGUCACCGGUGCUAAAGCCCUCCUUUCUCCACCCUCCUUAGGUGGAGGUAAACGUCCCAGCAGGAAGUCAAGGCUGGAUUGGCGCUCUUCGCGAGCACCCUGGGAACGGGCGUCCGGGUCACGGGUGCUAGAGCCCUCCCCUCUCCUCCCGGCCGGUGUGUGGGAAACUGUCCCCGCAGAAAGUAAAGGCUGGCCAGGCCGCCCCCAGCACGUAGAGGGAAAGAGUCAGGCUCCGGCUUCACAUUGGCACGUAGGGGGCGGAUCCUGCCGGCGCUGAGUAGGAAGGAGCUUCGGCAGCCAGCCCGGAACGCAGUGAGUACAGCCACUCAAAGGAAAGCCAAGUCGCUUUGCAGGGGAGCGUCUUAUGAUUUUUCAAAAACGUGCUCAUGGUUAAAAAGAAAAAUCAAGGCUCGGAAUAAAUACAUUCAAGCACUGUUAAUUUUAGCCCACAGACAGGCGGUACUUGCCUGGAGAUUUGGGGAAAUCAACAUGAAACUAAAAAUGAAAUUUUAGUUGGAGUGGAGCAAGCAGUAUUGAUCAGAACAUAUCAAAUAACGAAUUUUUUCAAAGUCUGCGUAGAAGUUUAAAUUACUAGGAAAAAUGUAAAGGAGAAGUAUUUACUAAUAAAUGAAACAAAAGUAAUAAAAUAAAAAUGAAUUAAUAUAGUUUGACAAAAUAUCAGCGAACACUGAGAAGAAAACAUUAAAAUAAUGUUUGAAACUUUUUAGGUUUUGUGCAGGAAGAAUUGGGAAAAAUGUGCUGGAUGGAGUGAUACUGCUUUUCUUUUCCACAAAAAUUUCAUUGUUUUAGAGAGGUAGAGCCUCUUUAAAGACAGUAAGUUAUUGCCAAUUCACAAUGAAAUAAGAUCCUUUGCUCUGAAAUGUACAAGAGCUGCAUGCAAUAAACUUCAUUUAUCUAUAGGUAAUAACUGAUUGAUGUUUAUUCAGUAGUCGAAAUGCAGUUCAUGCACUCUAAUUAGCAAGUCAAAUUAUUCUCUCCGUUUCAGAGGUGUAGGGCCUUUGUGGAGCCUUCUUAAUAAAAUAAUUUGCCACUCUCGAAGGUUGACAUUCUCUUCUUAUCAAUGUACACAUAAAGGUUUUGUUUUGCUUUGCUUGUUGUUAAUUGAAAUGGGGAGAAAAUGAUGUGUUAGCUAUCACCCAGUCAUGUGUCUUUUUAGUCAUAGGUUAGCUUUUCAAGACACUUCCUACAUCUCUGACCUGUUGCACCUGUUAUCUUAGCAGCAAGCACCUGCUUCAGCUGACCCUUGAGCCAUAACCCAUGUAAGUCACUGCAGAUCUGAACCUCUCUUUGAGCCUAACAGUAGAACAAUUAUUAUUUUUAUUGAAUAGUGUUAUGUGUCAAUGUUGAAAUGUCCCUCAGUGUGUCUUCCUCAACCACAUCUCUAUAGAGGAUGUUUUCUUAAUAGCAAUGUGUUUUUGUUUUAAGAAAGCCCACACAAUUUCAAAUACACAUUUUCUUUACUAAAGUUUAUUGACCAGUUUUGAAGUGAUCCUUGUUUUCAGUUAAACUAUCUUUAAUAAUGGUAAAUAACAUAUUUUGUAGGUUGUUGUAUAUUUAAUAUUCUCUGCAAGAACACAUAAGGAACAAUACAUGGACCUUUAAAUAUUUGUCAUUGUGAAAUAAAAUAACAAGGAAAGGUGAUUUCAGGUGUACUUUAUUCAAUACAUAUAUACAAGAAGUUAUUACUAUAACAUUAAAUUUGCAGGAAAAAAGAAACCACUGGAUUAUUCUGCUUCUAUUCCAGAGGGCUUAUUCCAAAGGGCCAGUGUGCAAAAUAUGAAUCCAAGAUGGCAUUGUGGAAAGACGCUGUACCUCCUGUGAUAAAAUUACUUUGGUGGUGCUUUUUUCUCAUGUAUCUUGGGAAACUAAAAAUCUGAAUUGUAUUCAGUGGCCUUUUCCAAAUGAAGCUCCUGAAAAGUACAUCAAGUCUAAAGUGAACCAGCUAACUCAUCAAGACUGGAAUCAUGAGCAAUAAUGGAGCAGACCUAACCUUUGGUUACAUCUCCUGUUUCGUAGCUAUCCUUUUGUUUGGCUCAAAUUUUGUGCCACUUAAAAAAUUUGAUACUGGUGAUGGAAUGUUUCUCCAGUGGGUCCUUUGUGCUGCCAUAUGGUUGGUUGCCUUGGUGGUCAAUCUGAUAUUACAUUGUCCAAAGUUUUGGCCUUUUGCAAUGCUUGGGGGCUGCAUUUGGGCAACAGGGAACAUUGCUGUUGUCCCAAUUAUCAAAACCAUUGGUUUAGGCCUUGGAAUCUUAAUCUGGGGAUCAUUUAAUGCCUUAACUGGCUGGGCAAGCUCAAGGUUUGGCUGGUUUGGAUUGGAUGCAGAAGAAGUAUCAAAUCCGCUGCUAAAUUACAUUGGAGCUGGGCUAUCAGUAGUAAGUGCUUUCAUAUUUUUGUUCAUCAAAAGUGAAAUACCAAAUAACACGUGUUCCAUGGAUACCACUCCAUUAAUAACAGAGCAUGUGAUCAACACAACCCAAGACCCCUGUUCCUGGGUGGAUAAACUUUCUACAGUACACCACCGCAUAGUGGGCUGUAGUCUUGCAGUGAUAUCUGGAGUACUCUAUGGAUCUACAUUUGUGCCGAUCAUCUACAUCAAGGACCACAGCAAAAGAAAUGAUAGUAUAUAUGCAGGGGCAAGCCAAUAUGAUUUAGACUAUGUUUUUGCGCACUUCAGUGGUAUCUUUCUUACAAGUACUGUCUACUUUCUGGCCUACUGCAUAGCCAUGAAAAAUAGUCCUAAACUAUAUCCUGAAGCAGUCCUACCAGGAUUCCUGUCAGGAGUACUUUGGGCUAUAGCUACCUGCUGUUGGUUCAUAGCAAAUCACUCUCUGAGUGCUGUGGUCAGUUUUCCAAUAAUCACUGCUGGUCCAGGAUUUAUAGCUGCAAUGUGGGGUGUCUUCAUGUUUAAGGAAAUAAAGGGUCUACAAAACUACCUAUUAAUGAUACUUGCAUUUUGCAUCAUCUUGACUGGAGCCUUAUGCACUGCUUUUUCUAAAAUCUAACAAUGACAAGACCAGCAGGUGGCAGCAGUAGUUAAGAGAAUGCGUCUAUCAGACAGCAGAGAGAUUAUGCUGAGAAAAGAGUGCAUUUUCAUACAGCAAAUGGAUCUCAGCCACUGUUGGAGUGGGUAAAUGAUUUUUUUCCCCAAAAAUGUGAGAAUGAAGGAAGAUUGGGUUUCAUUCAAGUAUAAAAAUGAAAAUUUCUUCUGAUGAACUGUUUAUGAAGGUAGUACUUUACUGGGUGACUAAAAUGUCUACAUUAUUAUAGCAUUACAUAUGAGGAUGCUCUUUUUACCACAGUAUGUACCUAGUGUUGCAUAAUCUAGAACACAGUAUAGAGUCCAUAUACAAAGAAGUUACAGUCCAAAUUUCUCACCUAUUACCCCAGUGAAGUGAGGCAGAAAUACCUUGGGCAAGGAGGGAGAGCCUUACCUUCUAAUGGAAUUAGAUUCCAAAGAUAUUUGGAUCCUUUAUUUCAUAAAGUAAAUGCAUAGUUGGUAACUAAAUGUUAAAAAGGCCAUUUUAUUAUUUUUCGCCAAAACUUAUGUUUAUUUCAAGUUAAUAUCGCCCGACUCUACAUCAUCUACCCAUUUUAGCUCAUAAUGCUUUCGAUUAUCAACAGAUAAAGUCCAUUCUCAGAGAACAAAAAUUUUUCAUCGAGAAUAUAUGCAUAACAUAAUACAUACAUACACAAGUAUAUUCACAUACAUAAAUACACACAGAUAUGUUGCUAAAGUGAGACUGUAGGUUGUCAGUAACAAUUUAAAGGAAACAACCACUCUUUUAAAUGCACAAUUAUUUUUUUCUGAAAUACAACUUUUCUAAAACCCUCUUAACUGGAGGUUUUCCUGUUUUCUUCUUGUUUUAACUGGUGGUUUCCAGUAGGCAAAACAAAAUGACAGGCAUGCUAGUUUUUUUUUUUUUUUUUUUUUUUUUUUUUAAGAAAACUGAAAUUAAGCCAGGCAGGUGGCACACUACUAGAAUCCCAGCUGCUGACGCAGGAGGGUCAAUUAGCCCAAGAGUGCAAAUCUGCCAGCCUGGGCAACAUAGCAAGGUCCCAUCUCUAAAAAAGAAAUUUAAUUUAAAUUUGUAAGAAAAAAGAAAACUGAAACAGAAGUGCUAGUACAAUGUUUGUUGCAAUUGCUUCCAAAACUUUGAAAUAACAAAACCCCUAUUCAAAUGUAAAUUUUACCCAUUCCCACCUGAUAGUACUGUUUAUUACUUUGCUAUGCAAGAGAAACAAAACAGCAUUCUAUUUGUGUGUGUACUCUGAAGUCAAUGUGCAUGGGUUAAAUCCCACCUCUGCUUCAUUUUAUUUGUGUGGCUGUGGACAAGUUCCUAAGCCCUCUGUGUCAGGCCUCUCAUUUACAAAAUGCAGUUUAUGAUGGCAUCUACCUCACAUGGUUACUGUGUGGUUGAAAUUAGUUAAAAUCUGUAAAGUAUGUUGAUGAGUAUCUGGUAUUUGGCAAACACUAUGUAAUUGUUAGCUUUUAUUAUUAUGUGUUGUUUGAAGGGGAAAAAAAGUUUUUGUAGAUUGGAGAACACCAUGUAAAAGCUACUAAACUCACCACCUUCCCAUCCAAACAAUUAUUACUCCUCUAAAUGAAUACUACUUAAAAGUGAUGGAGCUUCUGUUUGUUUAGUGAAUUGCUAAUACAAAUAAAUAUUUGAUUAUAACUUCUUAUACUCAUUUUAAUUUUAAUCUGAAAUGUCAUUAAAUUAUGCUGAUAAACUUUGAAUAAAUUGUUAUACAAAAGCUA